UCUGUCUUGCGCCUGAUCGAUGUUUCUUUCCUGCUCGGGCUGCUUUGUUCUAGGUCACCACCACAGACCCGACACCUUGCAAGGGUUAUUUUUAAGAAUGAAAGAUGUAGUGUGAGGCCAGCCGCAUCACCCCAGCUGCCCAGAGAAGGGAGUGGACCCUGGCCAAGCUCCUGACCCCCGCCCUCUGCCUGUGCUCUCUUCUUCCUCUGGCUCUCUGUCCCCUUCUAUCCACCAAAUCAAAGGGCACUGAGUGCCCACCUGUUCCAGGUUGCUUGUCUGCUGGUUCCUGCGGAGAUGGGCCUGUCUGCGGAGGAGCUGAGGCAGGAGCUGGAGGUCACAGCCCAGGAAGUGCUGGGGAGACUGAAGAGCCGCCACCUGUUCCAGUCCGAGUGGGACACUGCUGCCUUUGUGGUCUUCCUCAUCUUCGUGGGCACCGUCCUGUUCCUGCUGCUGCUGGUCACUGCCCACUGCUGCUGCCACUGCUGCUGCCCCUCCCCCAGGAACGUGAAGGAGAGACCUCAGGGAGUGGACAACUUGGCCCUGGAACCUUAAUGCCUCUCCCUUGGUUUGUGUCCUGCUGGUGAUGGUAACAAAGCUUAUGUCUGCCCAGA